AUGCACGCCCUCACCGUGGUCGCCGUCGCCGUCCUGGCCGCGGCCGUCGCCGACGCCGCCGCCCCUCAGGUCCGCGGGCGGUGCGCGACGCCGCCGGCAGCGCCGCAGAGGAUCGAGAAGGUCAUCAACGAGUGCCAGGACGACAUCAAGCUUUCCAUCAUUGAGGAGGCCCUGAGCGUGCUGGGCGAGUCGGCCACCGAGCUCAUCUCCAAGGAAGUCAAGGGGCGCGCGCCGGCCAAGAGCGCCAAGAGCCGCGCCAAGCGGCAGGCCUUCACGGAGGACGAGCGCCGCAUCGCCGGGUGCCUGCUCCACUGCGUCUACAAGAAGGUGAAAGCGCUGAACCCCGCGGGCGUGCCCACCGGGGAGGGCCUGGUGAAGCUGUACGCCGAGGGCGUGCAGGACGCCAGCUACUUCCUGGCCACCGCGCAGGCCGUCAACCACUGCCUGGGCGCGGCCCAGCAGCAGGGCCGGCUGCUGCCACAGUCCGUCAAAGAACCAGGCCAGAAGUGCUACCUCGCCUACGACCUGUUCGAGUGUGUCAGCGACCAGAUCAUCGAGUACUGCGGGGCAUCCCCGUGAGAGGGCUCCUGCGUCCAAGCGCCUCGCCAGUCGCAUUGCAUCACCCAUCGUCAUCACCAUCUCACCCGUCAUCUUGCCCUUCAUCAUUGUCAAAACAACUCAUUUAAUUUCAUCGUUGUAGAAACAGCUCAUUUAAUUUUGUCGUUGUAAAAAAAAAACCUCAUUUGAUUUUAUUAUUGUUAAUGCAACUCAUUUAAGUAAAUUGGAACGAUGAGGAUGAGAUCUUUAGGCUUAAGCGCGUUCAGCUGAACGACAGUUGCAAAUGAACGUUUAUGUGAUAAAGAAAAUGUUGAAAGGGUGUUCUUAUCUGCCCUCGCAAGAAACUGAAUACCACCUAGUCAGAAAAUGUAUGAGAAGCAGUAUUGUUCUUUGUAUAAACCUGGGGGUUUAUACUGAAAAAGUGAGUUAAAUACUGUAACAAGUGAAAAAGAAAAAUGAAAUAAAACGUAAAAGAAAAACAAA